UUUAAAAAAAAUAAUACUCACUGUGUUUCGGCAAGGAAGUAUCAGAACGAUCUAAUCAUGUCAUCUCUUUCCAUCGCCUUUUCCUGCACGGCAAAAUGUAAAUAGAAGCAUCGUUGUGUAUUCUGUCAUGCUCCGUCGCACUUCGAUUGAUGAGCGGAAGAUUGCACGUGACCAGAAUCUCCAUAGUGAUUGGAUUGUAUUGGCCGCCAUAUUUGUUUUGGUUUGCCAUGUGGAAUGUCGACAACAACUUACGGAAGCGGCUUUCCUGUGUGUUUUGGUUUAUUUUGAGGUCAUGAAAAUUACAGACAAUAUGCAGGCAGACAUGGAAACCCUUGACGAACUUCCAGAUGUAGAUAAAUUGGAUCUGGAAGGAAAUGAUGGCUCGUGUGAGAGUGAAAUCGAUCGGUUAGAGUUGUAUUCGCCGGGUUUAGAUUCCCCGACUGAAAGAGGUGUAGCCAAAACUAAGAAAGAAGAGGAUUUAAUUUUGAAAAUUAUAAAACAGACAAAAGCACUCGGCUCUAAUACAUUAGAACUAUGUAAUAAAGGACUGUUACAAAUUCCACGAGAACUGUUAGAACUGAAUAACCUUGAGUACCUGUACUUGGAGGGAAAUGAACUGACCGGUCUUCCUGAUGAUUUCUUCGACUGCUUGCCCAGGCUUAUCUGGCUUGACCUCAGGAAGAACAAACUUUUACGACUACCGAGCGUGUACACUGGCCGACAUAAUCACCUUCGGACACUUCUCUUGGAGGGAAACAAACUUCGGAGUCUUCCACUUGAAUUAGGUUUAAUAAAAAGUUUAAAUGGUCUGAAUAUCAGCAAUAAUCCUAUUGAAUUCCCCCCAAAAGACAUCAUGGAAAAAGGCACAGCUGAAAUCUUAAAGUUUCUCAGGGAAAUGCUCCAAGCCAAGUCAUCAGGACAACUCCUGAAUGGUUCCCCUGGCAAUGAGAGCAGUAGUAGUAGUUCUGACGACUGGGACGACGGCGACGAUCUCCAGGACUACGCCAAGCGACGCCAGAGGACGCUGGCUCUAGAGGAUGCCAAAAGCACCACCACCAAAUCCUCUGACCCAUUCGGACCAGUGCCACAACCAGUGGCGCUCCACCAACCAGUCAGUUACACCGACAAGAAACUGGAAAAGGCCGAGAAAGUUCGCAAGGCAGGGGCAUCAGGGACAGUCGAAAGAGUUGAAUCAGCAUACUGUACAAGAGAGGCCAUGUAUAUGGAUAUUAGGUAGCCCAAUGCUGUUUGUUUA